CCCUAAUAACAUAAAGAGUGUAAUAUAAAAACGCAACAGAGGAAUAUUUACAUAAACAUAUGAAUCCAUCUGGAAUUUCUAAAAUCCAAUAAUCCAUCACAGAAUUUCCAUUUCCAUUUCAAUUGUAUACUACAAAUGUACAAACACCAAUUAACCAAGGAUCGUAUGUUCUAGAAAUCAUCAGCUUAGGGUUUCAUAAUUGAAUUAUUUUGAUUAGUGUUUAAAAGUGGUUUAGCGCACUGGGGUAUAAUUGUAAUUAUUGCGCCGAUUGGAUUCGGUUUAUAUUCCGAAUGGAAAUUGAUUCUUCGCCUUCACCGGAGCUGAUUAUGCCUUCACCCCAUGAAAUUAUUCUUCAGAGGCUUGAGAAUCUUGGAGUUCCUGCCGAAAAUUUGGAGCACCGACAACCUGGUUUAAUUAUUUAUGUGAAGAAUAAUAAGUCUCAAAUUGGAGAUCUUGUCUCUGCUCUUUUGCCUAGUAAUGAAGAAGCAAUGGACGGUAUUAUGGACCGGCAGAUGGAUUCUCCAAAAUCCACAGGCAGCUCAGCCAUUAAAGAUUUAUUCCAAGAAAGUAUGACAUGGUUAGAGUGGUUGAUGUUUGAAGGGGAACCAAGAAGAGCACUAGAUUACCUAGCUAACAUUGGUCAGCGUGGUGUUUGUGGGGCUGUUUGGGGGAACAAUGAUAUAGCGUACCGUUGCCGUACAUGUGAGCAUGAUCCAACAUGUGCAAUAUGUGUUCCAUGUUUCCUGAAUGGAAACCACAAGGACCAUGAUUACUCAAUCAUAUAUACAGGUGGUGGCUGCUGUGAUUGUGGAGAUGUAACUGCAUGGAAAUGUGAGGGGUUCUGUUCCAAGCAUAAAGGUGUGGAGCAGGUACAACCUCUUCCGGAAGAGUUCGCUAAUUCGAUGGGUCCUGUUCUUGAUUCCUUGCUAUCUUGUUGGAGAAAAGGGCUCCUAUUUGCGGAAAGCAUCUCUGAACAAAGUCCAAGACAAAAUAGUCAUGCAACGGAGUAUAAAAGUAUCACAGAUGAGUUGACAUCAGCAGUGGUGGAGAUGCUCUUGGGUUUCUGCAAGGAUAGUGAAAGUUUGCUUAUUUUUAUCUCUAGGAGGGUAUUCUCUUCAGAAGAUUUAUUAGAUGUUCUGGUGAGGGCAGAGAAGUUCUUGAUCAAUGGUGAUAUUGUCAGGAAGCUCCAUGAAUUGCUCUUGAAAAUGUUGGGUGAACCUCAAUUCAAACAUGAGUUUGCUAAAGUAUUUCUGAGCUAUUACCCAACUGUUGUGAAUGAAGCAGUAAAGGAAAAUAAUGAUACAGUCUUCAAAAAAUAUCCACUUCUCUCGACAUUCUCUGUGCAGAUAUUUACUGUGCGUACUUUGACCCAACGUCUUGUGAAGGAGAUGAAUCUUUUGGCCAUGCUGCUGGACUGUUUAGGGGACAUAUUUAUAUCUUGUGCAGGAGAAAAUGGUAGAUUGAAGGUCAUUAAAUGGGGAAAUUUGUAUGAAACUACUCUUCGUGUGGUUGAAGACAUACGAUUUGUCAUGAGUCAUUCUGCUGUACCCAGAUAUGUGACUCGUGAUCGGCGAGAUAUACUUAGGACGUGGAUGAAACUGUUGACUUUUGUACAAGGAAUGAACCCUCAAAAGAGAGAAACUGGCAUCCAUGUAGAAGAUGAGAGUGAAAAUAUACAUUUGCCUUUUGUUUUGGGUCAUACAAUUACAAAUAUUCAUUCUCUAUUGGUGGGUGGUGCAUUCUCUAUUAGUAGCACUGAAGAUGCUGAUGAUGCUUUGUUCAACACGCAUAUACAAGACUUUGAAGACCAAGAUAGCCAAAGACAUGCAAAAGAUGGAAAGCUAUCACAGGAAAGUUCUGUUAGUAGUGUGACCGGAAGGAGUCCACCAGAACAUGCAUCCAGGACUCCUGAAUCAAAAUCUGAUAGUUCUCCGGUACCGUCAUCUGUUCUAUGGUUGACCUUUGAGUGCUUGAAGGCCAUUGAGAAUUGUUUGGGAGUGGAUAACACGUCAGGACCUCUCCUUCACAUCUUAUCUCCGAAAACAAGCUCUAGUUCUGGAAAUAAUUUCUUUGCGCUGAAAAAAACACUUUCAAAGUUUAGUAGGGGCAGGCAAAUCAUUAGAUCUCAUAGUCUCUCAGAUAGCAAUAGACUCUCAAGUUCAACUGAAGGUUGCAAUAAGCUAAACUCUUAUUCGUCACUGGAUGUCGGUGUUACCUUGAGUUCUGGACAAAAUUUGGCCCAAGAAACUGCAAGCUUAGGUGGUAGUGACAACAGUAUGCUUCAAGGAGAUUAUGCCCUAGAGUUGGAAGCUCUCCGGGUGUUGAGUUUGUCUGAUUGGCCUGAUAUAGCAUAUAAAGUUAGUUCGCAGGAUAUAUCAGUUCAUAUUCCACUGCAUCGAUUACUUUCAAUGGUUUUACACAGAGCACUCACACAAUGUUAUGGUGAAACUGCCCUAGGUGGUAGUUGUUCCAAUCCGUCAUCUGCUAUCUAUCAUGACUUUUUUGGCCAUAUAUUGGGAGGCUGCCACCCACUUGGUUUUUCUGCCUUCAUUAUGGAACAUGCUCUCCGAAUUAAGGUGUUCUGUGCACAGGUGCAUGCUGGAAUGUGGCGUAGGAAUGGUGAUGCUGCUAUAUUAUCUUGGGAGUGGUCUCGCUCUGUUCGUUGGUCUGAGCAGGGUCUAGAGCUUGAUCUAUUUCUGCUCCAGUGUUGUGCUGCACUAGGCCCUGCUGAUCAAUAUGUUACUAGGAUUUUAGAACGUUUUGAGCUCUCAGAUUACCUAUCAUUGAAUCUCGAACGCUCUAAUGAGUAUGAGCCGACUAUAGUUCAGGAGAUGCUUACUCUGAUCAUACAAAUAGUGAAAGAACGACGGUUUUCUGGGCUGUCCCGCAUUGAGUGUUUGCAACGGGAAUUCAUAUAUAAACUAUCAACUGGUGAUUUCACUCGUAGCCAGUUGGUGAAGUCUCUGCCCCGUGAUUUGUCGAAGAUCGAUAAACUUCAGGAAGUUUUAGAUAGGAUAGCAGUGUAUUCCAAUCCCUCUGGCAUGAAUCAGGGUAUGUAUAAACUGCGGGCGCCCUAUUGGAAGGAGCUAGAUUUAUACCAUCCUCGUUGGAACUCAAAAGAGUUGCAAGUUGCUGAAGAUAGAUAUAUGCGGUUCUGUAAUGAAUCGGCAUUGACCAGUCAACUUCCAAAAUGGACCAAGAUUUAUCCACCUCUUGGUGGAAUAGCUAAAAUUGCUACUUGCAGGACAGUACUCCAAAUAGUUCGUGCUACUGUAUUUUAUGCUGUUUUCUCUGAUAAACCAAACGCUUCACGCGCUCCAGAUGGUGUACUAUUAACCGCAUUGCAUUUGUUGUCUCUUGCAUUAGAUAUUUGUUAUAUGCAUCGGGGAACUGGUGAUUGUAAUUGCUACAGGGAUGAUAUUAUUCCAAUUUUAGCACUAGCUAGUGAGGAAUUGUCAUUGAGUAAAUAUGGUGAUCAGAGCUUGUUGUCUCUUCUAGUUUUGUUGAUGAGAAAAUAUAGGAAAGAAAACGACUUUGUGGAAGCUGGAAUUUUCAACCUCUCCUCUUUGAUUGGAAGUCUUCUGAAAAAAUUUGCUGAACUUCAAUCUGAAUGCAAGAUAAAAAUGCAAGACCUUGCACCUGAGAUGGUCAAUCAAGUAUCGCAAUCUGUUUUGACUGGUGAUACUAACAGCUUGGAAUCAGUUUCAGACAGUGAUAAGCGCAAGGCUAAAGCUCGAGAGAGGCAAGCUGCUAUAAUGGAGAAGAUGAGGGCGCAACAGUCCAAGUUUUUAAAGAGCGUUGAUUCCUCUGCAGAAGCUGGUCCGGAUGAUUCUAAACUUGGUAAAGAAAGAAGCGACUCAGAUGGUAGACGUAAUUAUGAAGAGGAUACUCAAGUAAUUUGCUCUCUUUGCCAUGAUCAAAAUUCUAAAAGUCCUCUAUCAUACCUGAUUCUUCUUCAGAAAUCCAGGCUUUUGACUUUCACCAAUAGAGGGCCUCCUUCAUGGAAAAAAACUCAAAAUUCUGGGAAAGAACCGGAAUCAUGUGCUAAAAGAAUGACCAAUAUCUCAUCUCAAAGGGGCAUUUUAUCAAGCAGUGAAGAAGUGAUUUCAUUUCCUUGGUUGACACAAUCGAUUCAAAAUGCAAUAAACAAGUUUGCUCUGGAAGGGCAACCUAAGGAAGUAGGAGCAUUUUGUGAAUAUAUCAGGGCAAGAUUCCCAGCAUUGAAGAUUCAACUGCCUUGCACAUCAAACAAUGUUGACAAAAAGGCAGGUUCUUCUCUUGAGAUGCUAGAAGAACAAAUGUACUCGUCGAUUCAGGAAAGAAUGGAUGCCAAUUUGUCGCACUGGGAUUUUUCAAGAAAUGGUAAGAAACUUUCUGCACGGGCAGAUGGUGGGAGUAUUGAGUCACGUUUACUUGGGAAGUACAUUUCUGCUCUUGCAGGAGAAAAUCUUGAUAGUCCUUCUGCAUCUGAAAGUGCACACAAGACACAAUUAGAGUCCAGAAUGCCGCUUACAGCGUAUGAAGGAUUUGGUCCCUCAGAUUGUGACGGAAUUUAUCUUUCAUCGUGUGGACACGCUGUGCAUCAGGGAUGUCUUGACCGCUAUUUAUCGUCUCUAAAGGAAAGAUAUACCAGAAGAAUUGUUUUCGAAGGAGGUCAUAUUGUAGAUCCAGAUCAGGGGGAGUUCCUCUGUCCCGUAUGCCGUGGACUUGCCAACUCGGUCCUGCCAGCAUUACCUGCAGAUUUUGGAGGGUUCACAUCCCUUCAUUUAACUUCCAGUGCAUCAGAUGCUGUUGGCCCUUCACCCUCGUCAAGUGGAGUGGGAGAUGCACUUUAUUUUCAAAAAGCUUUAUUUCUCCUACAAAGUGCUGCUGAUGUUGCUGGAAGUAGAGAGAUUUUCCAAAGACUUCCAUUUCGGCAGUUUGGGCAGAUGAGAGUAAACCUUGAAUCUGUGUAUCGCGUAUUGUGUGGAAAGUACUUUCCAGAUAAUGAUAAGAUUUCAGUAUCUGGUAGACUUGGGCACUCUCUGAUUCUGUAUGACACUCUUAAGUACACACUUGUAUCAACUGAAAUUGCUACUCGAUCUGGAAAGACAUCAUUAGCUCCAAACUACAGUCUUGGUGCCUUGUACAAAGAACUCCAAUCUUCAAAUGGUUUUAUACUGGCUUUGUUACUAAGUAUUGUACAAAGCACACGAACAAAGAACUCGCUUACUGUCCUCUUGAGAUUGAGAGGCAUUCAGCUGUUUGCAGAGUCUAUAUGCACUGGCACUUCUGCAGAUGAAAUUUCAGAUCCAUCUGCUGGAGGUAAUAUGCAAGACAUCUUAGAAUGCGCUGAAACAGAAGAUCAAUAUCCUGAUGUUCAGUUCUGGAGAUGGUCCGCUGAUCCAGUUCUUGCACAUGAUGCUUUUUCUUCUUUAAUGUGGAUAAUAUAUUGCCUUCCAUGUCCAUUGUUGUCAUGUGAAGAUGCCUUCUUGUCUCUUGUUCAUCUUUUCUAUGCAGUCGCAGUCACUCAGGCUAUAAUAACCUAUUGCAGAAAGCGGAAAUGCAGUUUGCUUGAGUUAGGAUGCAACGAUUCUCUAGUUACUGACAUCUAUAAAGUAAUGGGAGAACAUGGAGUUGCUCACCAAUAUUUUGAUUCUAAUUUUAUAGAAACUACUUAUGACAUCAAAGAUGCAAUCCGAAGUCUGACCUUUCCGUACUUAAGAAGAUGUGCAUUGUUGUGGAAAUUGAUUCAUUCUUCUAGAGUGAUGCCAUUUAACGAUGGAACUAACAUAUUAGAUGGAUCAGCAUAUUCAACUGAUGAACUGAUGGACUGUGGCGAAAACAAUGCAGCUGAGCUUAUUGAGAUUGAAAAGCUGGAGAAGAUAUUAAAGAUUCCCUCACUUGAUAAUGUUUUUAGUGAUGCCACAAUUCGUUUGAUGGUUCAAAAAUGGCUAAAUCAUUUCUACAAGCAGUUUGAAACUCGUGGUCUAAAGGGUGUUUUGUAUUCCAAUCCUGCCGCCCCAUUUAAAAUGAUGCUUUUGCCUCAUCUUUAUCAGGACCUCUUGCUGAGGUAUAUUAAACAGAAUUGCCCAGACUGUGGAGCUGUUCAGAAGGAUCCUGCAUUAUGCUUGUUAUGUGGUAAAUUGUGCUCAGCAAGUUGGAAGACAUGUUGCAGGGAAAGUGGGUGCCAAACUCAUGCAAUGGCCUGUAGUGCUGUUACUGGGGUGUUCUUGUUGAUCAGAAAAACCACUAUAUUGCUCCAAAGAUCUGCUCGUCAGGCACCGUGGCCUUCACCUUAUUUGGACGCAUUCGGAGAAGAGGAUAUUGACAUGCGUAGAGGAAAGCCAUUAUAUCUAAAUGAGGAGCGUUACGCUGCCUUAACUCAUAUGGUUGGGCACAGCCUAACCCCCACCAGCAAGGUGGAUCUCUCGACUGAAAAAAAAAAAAAAAAAAUGGUUUGAUGGGAAAGCAAGCUUAGGUGGUGGCUUCUCAUGGGUUAGAUCGAAGUUCAAAGGUGCUUCUUCAGACAACUAUUGGCGCAUUCUUCAUGCUAUAGCUUGGUAUUUUGUGAUGGUGUUAUAUCUGACUCGAAUAUGUUAAAGAUGAUAACAAUUGUGUUGUUGCCCCUGGUUCGUGCUGUUCAUGUACAGAUUAUUGAGACGAUUAGGAUUUGCCCACCAAAAUGGAAUGCCUGUAUUCCAUGAAAGUGACUCAGUGGUGAAGGUGGAGCGGCUGGUUGUUGGCACCUCGUUGUACAGAAAAUGUGAAUAAAUAUGGUGCUUCAUGUGUAAUAUGAUAAUUGCAAAUGUCGCCUUCAAGUGUAUAUCAGUGUCUAAAUUGGUAUGGAAUGUCAUUUUGCACAACAAUAUGGUCUUCCCCUUUGGCUUCCCCUCUGUUCUGAUGUCUAUGAUGAUGGAAGUGUCGUCAAGCAGUAGGUGAAUUGUGUAUAUAAAGUCCUAAAUAACAAUAUACAACACCAUGCUCUAAACGAGCGAUACUAGUAAAAUACCCUUCCUCAUUUUUUUGUUA